AUGUCGCAAGCACCACAACAAUCAUAUCAGUCAAGAGGAGGGCGCGGAGGCGGAUUCAGAGGCGGAUUCAGAGGCGGAUUCAGAGGCGGAUUCAGAGGCGGAUUCAGAGGCGGAUCAAGAGGCAGUGGAGGUCGAGGUCGAGGUGGAGGUAGAGGCAGAGGCAGAGGAGGUUUCCAUCAACAUACGCCUAGACAGCCUGCCUAUCAUCCGGAUGUCGAUUACACACCAGAGGCAAUUGAACACCGUUUCGCAGCGUUCUAUCUACCAAGCAUGACACAAGAUCCUUGGAAACAUCUAUCAGCAGAGCAAACUUGA